AUGUACUUCAGAGGAGAGUUACUCAAGAAGACACAGUGCAAUAUAAGCUAUUCCUUGUUCAAAAGCCCGACACUGUACAUAUGGCACCAGCAGCCGUUCAACCUCAAGCUUAAUCCAGAGAAAGGAGACGUUCCUGCUCAUCUUGGAGGAAGCACUCAGUUUUCAGACAAUGUGGAGGAUGAGUGGUUUAUAGUUUACCUUCUUCUGCAAAUAACUAAAGCGUUCCCAGAACUUGCAGCUAGAGUUGAAGAUAAUGAUGGAGAGUUUCUUUUAAUUGAAGCAGCAGAUUAUUUACCCAAGUGGUUGAAUCCAGAUACUAGUGAAAACAGGAUCUUUAUUUAUAGAGGGGACUUGUGCAUAAUCCCCUGCCCCACUCAAUCAAAUAAAGUGGGUAUCCCAAAAGGUGAAGUGCCAAGUUUAGCUACAGCUCUGUCCCUGUUGUUUUCCAAUCCAGAAGCAUGUUGUCCAAGAAAUAAGAUUUCAUCUGCAGUGAAAGAGAGACUUAAAGGCUACCCAGAGAGGAUUCAAACAGAGUUGCACCAUGCCCACUGCUUCAUACCUGCACGGAUUGCAUUGAUACUGGAAAAACGUCCUGAUCUUGUGGCUCCUGCUGUGUCUGCAUUUUAUUUGCGGGACCCAGUUGAUCUUCAGGCUUGUCGAAGUUUUAGGAUGUUUCCACCAGAUACACGCGUCCUCACGCAGGUGACAUUCACUCGCUGCUUGUACGCUCAGUUACAGCAACAACAGUUUACUCCAGAUCGUAAGAGUGGCUUUGCACUACCACCGCGCUCGGACCCAAAGUACAAGGCUCAUGAACUAGGCAUGAAAUUGGCACAUGGUUUUGAGAUUUUGUGUUCAAAGGCCAGGAUGCCAUCUUCAGACGCUAAUGCUCCAGUUAGCUGUAACCCUCAAUGGAAGGGCUUCAUUGAAUGUUUGAAAAGAAAUGGCUACUUCAGGAAAGAAAUUGAGGGCUCUGCUCUUUACAAAGAUCUUAUGUACAGAGCUGAACACUUUUUCAAACAGUCGGUCUAUUUGGAAUUGAAUGCUUUGUCCCCCGGUGAGGAGAUUCUUCAGCUACUGGAUAGUCUUACUCCUUUUAGUCUGGAAAAUCUAAAGGAAAAGGAGUCCCAGCUUUCCCCAGAGGACAGUGACAAUUGGCUAGAUAUUACAGAACAAGAUUUGGAAAAAAUGCUACACGAUAGGACCAAAGGCUGUGUUGGUGUGGAAAUCCAGAAACCCAGUGUGGGCUGUAGCAAAGAUGAACCUGUUCGCAGCCGAGUGGAAGAAGAUGCUUCCUACAGUUUGGUCGCUGUCAGUCAAGGAAUGACCAACUUCUUGAAAGCCAUGUCGUCGCAUAAGGGGGCUGAGCUUCCCCGCUUCAGUCAGCCUUUUAGUUUUGAUCCAGACUCUAUGGUUGGUGCACUGAACAAUCUACUUGGGAACGAGGAUGAGCUUGAUUCAGAUGACCUUGAUGAUGACGAUGAUGGUGAUGAUGGCGAUGAAGAUGAACAAGAUUUUUCUGUACCGUCUGAAAUGAAUGGAACUGAGACUUUGGAGAGUCUCAAGAAAUACAUGGAUCAAAUGGACGAGGAGCUAAUGGGCACAAACAUAGGGCAGAGUUUUAAACAGAAAGAGAAGACUGUUCCCGAAAAUGGCUCCCCUCAUUCUUCUGGAGAAGGUAGUUUUAGUAGAGAUGAAGAAGUGAGAGAGAUAGAGGAAGAAAUCCAGCCUUUAGACAUAGACUUGAAUCUAGUGACAAACCUGCUGGAGUCUCUGAGCUCUCAGGCCGGUCUGGCUGGACCUGCCUCUAACCUGCUGCAGAGUCUGGGGAUUCAUCUGCCGCCAAACUCUGACCCCUCAUAA